UUUCGAAAUAUGAGUUUUUUAAAACCAUGGGGACAAUUGCCCCGCUCCCCCGCGACGGCGACUCCACAACCACCGCACGCCAUUGCCCCCGCCGUAGAUCUAGCCGCGCGCGCUCCGCGCCAUGCCUCCUCGGCGGCGUGGGCUGCGCCCGGCGGCCGGAGCCACUCCCCCUCCCCCUUCCCUUUCACCCACUCGAUAUCCCCCGCUAGUCCACGAGCACUUCUCGGAGAUGGUGAGAUUGAUUUCACCGGUUCCGCAGGCGGUGCUCAUGGCGGUCGGAGAUCGGAGGUGGGUGGAAAGGGCGACCAGGAUCCGGGACACUACCUUCGUGUGGAUCCAGCGGGUUCAAGAGUGGAAGGUGGCAGAUCAGGCGGUGGUGGCGGCAAGAGAUCCAGAGACGCGAGCUGCGGCGGUCAGGUAUGCAGAGGUUUGUCGUUUGAGGGCAGAGGUAGAGCAGAGGAUUUUGGCGAAGAGGAUCUACGACGAAGCCUCUGUGGCGGAGAGACGAAGGAUGCCUUCCUUCCCUCUCUCCCAGUCAGCCGAUUUCAUCCAGUGGGCGAGGACGGAGGCGAAAUCCGAAGAUCCCAGGAGGGCGUUGAGAUGGGAGGGAUUAUUGGGGGUGCUGCCUACCGGUGCGCCGCUAAACACCACGUCCUGGCCAUCGCCGUCCCUGCUGGAUUGAGCCCAGUUGGAUUUGCUACGCCCCCAGAUUCCCCAGUUCCGUGCGGAGGAGGAGAUGCUAAGAGGCAAGUCUCGCCGGCGCCAUUGUCGUUCGGGUCUCCAGUGAGAAGAGCUGUGGGGCGGAACAGAGUCGCUGCCAGGAGGGCCCUACUGGUCAGCGAGCAGUGGUCACCGGGCCCUGUCAGUCCCGUCACCGUCGGUGUGGAGAAGGGAGUGGUUGCGCCUUUACAAAAGGCACCUCCGCGUGGAGAUCUGGAUCCGCAUCAAGAGGGGGUGGGUCGGAGAGGGGUUAGGGUUCGUCCCACCUACAGAAACUCUAGUCGAGCCACCCUGGUGUGGAUUCAGAAGAAGAAAUUUGCCUCAGGAGAGUUCACUGAAGCUGAUUGCCACCCGAUUGGGAUUUCAGACCACCUUCCUGUUCCAAAGAAUUUCUCCUUCUCGCGUGACUAUUGGGCAAGAAAAUCGAGGAAGAUCACCUUCGCAUCCAUUGUCAAGAUGGCAGGAGGGGGGAGAGAUCCUAGCUCUCGAGGGGGAAGGUACGGCUCUGGGAGGGGGCGCGUUGGUCGUCCGCCUGCUCCUACCCCGUCGGGCCAGGAAGGGGCAGUGCAGCCGCCUCCGCCCCAGGCGCCGGUACCUACUCCUCCACCCAUGUCGAUCUACGCCAAGCCUCCAAUUUUCCCAAUUGAUUCGGCUCAAGCUAUGAUGCAGGCGGGAGGUCAGAUGUUUGGGUACCCCCAGAUGCAACAAAUGCAGCAGAUGCCACCUUGGCCGAAUCAGCAGAAUUUCCCUUACCAAUAUCUACCUCCUACUCAGGUGUUUCCACAGCCUUUUAACCCUCAGAUGCAGCAAAUUCAAUAUGGAGGGAGUGGAUCUUCCACUGGGGGCAGUGUGCAGAGCAGCCAGCCAGAAUCCAGUAAGAAUAAGAAGAAGAAAAAUCAGAAAAAUAGGCAGACAACUGUGCAGACAAGUGUUUCCAGUGAAGAUUCAGCUUCCUUUAACAUCGAUCCCAAGUAUGUUGGAGCUAUCUGUUAUAAUUGUGGGCAGCCUGGUCAUUUUGUUGGUAUGUGCCCCACUCCCAAAGCUUGCUUCAUAUGCAAGACCCCUGGCCACCACAUGGACUCUUGCCCUACCUGGUACAAGCCUUAUCCAGCAGCUAUGUAUUGGGGGAGUGCCAAUAAUGGUCUUGGUCUUUUCCACAUAGAGACUGGUGGCAAGGAAGACAAUGAUUGGCUGAACUUUGGUAAUGUUGGACUAGUCUUAGUUGAAAAGGGAGAGAUUAAUGAAGCAGAGCUGGGUGGUUGCUUUUCUGAGAUGUGGAAAACCAAUUGGCCCUGGCAGAUCAGGAGAUAUGACAACAAAAAAUUCAUUGUCAGGUUCCCCCCAACAAAAAAAUCAAAGAACUGGUGGAAUACCCCUCCAUCAACCUAAAGAAGGAGGGGUGACUAUUUCCUUUAGUGACUGGAAUGGAGAGAUGCCAGCUUUUGAUUAUCUGUAGGAAACUUGGAUUGUGAUUGAAGGAAUACCUCCCAAAUCGAUAUCCUGGAAUAUUAUUUCUCAGAUAUCUACUAUGCUUGGUGUCCUUGUCAAUGUGGACUGGCACACUAUCUUCAGGAGCUUUUAUGAGAAGGUGAGGAUUCAGGUUGCAGUGAGAGAUACUACCAAGAUUCCCAGAGAUAGAAUGGUGGAGAUCAACCAUGAGCUGUAUUUACUAAAAUUCUCUGUGGAAACUGGUUUAGGGAGUGGUCAAUCAGACAUACCUCCAGGUCCUGAUGAUGAUACUUCACAGAAAAAGCACACUGAAGAGGAGUUUGAUACUAGUGAGGAUGAUUUGCUUGGAGAGGAUAUGGACACUGGCAAUAGUAACCAAAUUAGCAAGGAUAAACUAAUGUUGUUGGGCCUAGUGGGACUGCUCAAAAGUGUUCCACUCCUGCCCCUAUUUCCAAUGCCUCUAAUAUGGUCUCCUCCAGGGUACUAGGUGCCCCUAUGACCAAAAGCUACCUUGAGGUGGUGAAGAAGAACCAAGUCAACUUCGGAGGCCCUCUGUUGGAGCAAUUCGAAGCUGCUGCUGUAGUGACGGAAACUGUGACUCAGAAGAAUUGCAUCGCUCAACAGAAAUGGGGGCCUGUGGUAGCCUCCAGGGUUAGUACCCGGAACAAGAAAGAUAACAGACCUGUUAUACAAAAAGCUCAAGAGUUGAAGCAAAUCAAAAACCUGGAAAAACCUACGUUGAGAAAAGGUGACUUGGAGGGAAUAUGGAGGAAGGAAGAAAUCAAAGCCAGACAGAGAUCCAGAGAGAGAUAUACUUGAAGGAGACCUGAAUGAUGGCUAUUUUAAAGCUAUAGCAAACCAGAAGAGAAGGAGGAAACAGAUUAUGGUGCUAGAAGGAGAUGCAGGUGCUGUGGAGGAGGGUUGCUGCUACUUUGGACAGCUGGGCGGUCCGAUGCUCAGGCCCUGUCAAGGAAAAAGUGCUAUACUUGGUGCGGAAGCUGGAGCAAUUAGCAAGAUCCCCGCCCCUCCUGCUGUGGCCGGACCCUGGCUAGGUCUGCAUAAGUGCUCGGAGGUGCUGCGAGGGCGCGAUACCAUUUGAUUCCUUGCCUGCGGGCUGUAGCUCCUUCCGAGAUUGUUAUUCCCUUUGAGUGAGAAACUGUGGCCCUGUGGGCAUGGUCUGCUCUUAUUUUGCUGGGGCAGCGUGUGUGCUGUUUUUCCCCCCGCGUACCUGUAUCGGAUGUUGGAGCUUGUGUGGUUUCAUUUGGCAAUGCAAAUGGAACCGGGGCGUUGAGCCCUUUUCCUCUUAAAAAAUUAUCUCCUACCGUUUUGUUGAAAA